GGCAAAAGUGAGAAGAUUUCUUUGUGAUCGUGGGGGCUGGCCUUCAGCAGGAGGACAAUGGAAUGGGGAGCGUGAGAGAAGGGCAUAAGUACCCGCUCGCAUCCGUGCCAUUGAAUCGGCCAUCACACCCGAUCUCCACCUAUCACUCGCCCCACCGCCUCUGCCGUCAAAAUGCAGUUCCUCACGACGCUCCUCAGCACGCUCACUUUUGCCUCAGUAGCAAGCGCACACUACGCGUUGACAUACCCGGCGUGGCGCGGCGACUCCUUCGCCACGCAAUGGAACUACCCGUGCGGCGGCGUUAACACGACGUCGACGAGCAACCGCACGCUGUGGCCGCUCGACGGCGGCGCCGUCGCGUUCAAGCCCGGCCAUCCGUGGGCUCAGACUUACAUCAACCUCGGCCUGGGCAAUAACGUCACCCGAUUCAAUAUCACACUCGCUGCGCCGUUCAAUCAGACCUCGAACGGAACGUUCUGCUUUCCAGAUAUGCGCCUGCCUGAGGGUGUCAAUGUCCAGGAGGGCGAUAUUGGGAGUAUCCAGGUCGUCCAGUUGACUACCAGCGGUGGCGCACUAUAUAAUUGCGCGGACAUCACCUUCUCGAAGAACGCCACCGACCCGAGCACGGACGUGUGCUUCAACUCCACGGGGGUGGGUGCAUCAGUGCUGGAUUAUGAUGGCGCGGCGGCCGCGGCUGCAUCGGGUUCGGGAGCCGCGAACUCUACUUCCGCAGCGACGCAGGUGGUCGGUGUGGCGUAUGGCGCGGGAAGUGUCGUCCUUGUUGCCGCCGCGGCGGUGGCGGUGUUGAUGGUGUAAUCGGGAUGUUAGUAGGAAGUAGUGGAGGAUUAUACUUGGGCUGGGAUGUAGAUAUUGUGAAUGGGAUGGAGGAUGGGAUGGUUGGGAUGGUUGGAUGGGUGCGUGUUUACUUGAGAAACCUACCUAGUAAUUUGGAAUGGAUUGAAUGAAGCUUGAUGAACAGAGUGCUGUGGGUGCGUUUGAGACGAAAUUCUGCUCGGAGGAGACAAGAGCCGGAGAUGUGAAUGGGCCGAACUUGGAGGUCUACUUUCUAUGCUUUAGCGGGCGGCCCAGAGUGAAUGGUAGCUGCCAGAGGCAUUGAUCCUGUGUUUUCAGCCCUCGGCCCAUAGCCCUUCACAUUGGAUCACUGG